CGACAGUCCACGUUCACACCUCGAACUGCGCUGCAUCGCGGCCAUGCAUUGACGUGCAGCAGCUCCAGUAAAGCAUGCCCACAAUGUCCGAACGUUCGGCGAAUAUAAGAUUAGCUGCCAGCCCCUGCGAGGCGCCUCCGCACCCGCACCCUGCUGCCCCUCUCCCAAACCACCAUGCCGCCGGUGUAGCGGACUCGAGCGCGCUCCCACCAGCAUUGACACCGGCCACCACAACAAGGCAAUCCGUAGCUUUGGGUGUCUUUUCGACGCUCUGGGGGCACAAUUCUGCUUCUACCCACGAGACCGUGAACAUCGCGAUACCGUCCAACGCAACGCAUGCCGACGCCCAUGAGCAACAUAACGAUCUGGCCGCGAGUACAGGCUCGGUGCCCAGUACGACUACGACAUUGACGAAUACCCUGCCUCCGUUACAAUCUGCUGCUAUUCGUGCGCUCAACGCCCCCGCCUUUCACUCGCAAGGCAAGCCGGCGAAAUCUACAUCCAGCAAAACAACGGUCACAAGUCAGCCAGUUGUAGUGCGAACAUACUCAGGGUCGCGACACACCUCUCGGCCAGGUUCUGGGUUCAACACCCCACGCUCCUUCGCCAUGAACGGCCAAUCGAAUGCCUCUGCUCUUUCAGCUGGGUUGGCGCGUCACAAUGAACAGCUGCCUGCUAUUGAGGACUUCUCCUUCUCAGCCAUUCUCCGUGCAGUUGACCCGGAGAUUAGAGACGCCAUCGAUGCUAUUGCCGAGAUCUGUGCCAGGAGCCGAAUGAGCCUGGCUGACGAGUACGACGCGCACCUUCCUCCACAAGGUGAGAUAACAGGCGCAGGACCGGGCUGGGUUGCCAGUACAGGAGCGUUAGCAGGACGAAGCCGAUUGUCUCGUAUCAGUCAGGGGUGGACGGCUGCAAAUAACACAUUGAUGGCGGUGCCAGAGGCGAGUAGCUCCAGCGAACGGUUAGCCCAAGAGGGUAGAGGCACGACAUCUGAGGAUGGCGAGAGGAAAAGAAGUCGGUCCGCUUACGGCAGCUUGAAGAGCGUCAUUAGUGGCGGCAGCAGUGGGAAGAGAAAAUCUCUGGAGGACAACACUUUCGCACAUCCUGAAGCUAGCAGCUCGAGACACGAGGAACAGCAACGCCCACAAGGCCCAGCGUGGACGAUCAGGACAGCAUCGCAGACUGAAGACCACCCCGCUAUCACCAUCGAAACUACACCACAGGCCUCCAAACAUCUCGCUUUCGAUGCAUCUGCGCUACAGGACCUACCAGAGUCUGACAACACAUGGGGUGGUCUACGACCACGGACUGGGACAUCCCAACAAAGGACAGUGCAUCGUCGCAACUGGUCGACUGCAACUUUUUCUGUUGGACAGUCAAACUCAAAAUCUCGAUCAAACACCAUAACCUCGUUGGCCUCAUGGCUACCGUGGCCACGUGCAACAGGCCUAAAUCAGGACACGCAGCAAGAGUUGACUAAAGCAGAGACUCGCCUUCGUGAGAUGUUAAUACAUUCGCAAGGCAUUGGAAAAGGCAAAGUGACUGCAGGUGCAGUGUGAAGCUUCGGCUGAUGUGGUUCUAUUUGUUCAGACUAUUGUCAUUCGAUGAUGACACUGGGGGCGCAUACAUCAUGGAUUUGCAAAUGCAUGGAUUGCAUGCACAACACCAUUGACGAGCUGUAUUGUAGCACGAUCUUAUGACUGACGAGGUAUGAAUUGUAUGACAACGCAAAUGAUCGGGAUCGCCUCGAGCUCAGCGUUUCGACAGCUGCGAAGCUUGCUAUGAACUAACCACAAAAGGCAACGAGCAUGCAUGUCAAUGUGGGGUAGCUUCCUAAUCUGACCUCGGAAGCUUGGUUGACGUUAUUCUCCAUCCUUUCGUGCGUACUUCUUGAACCAUAUCUGGAGGUGUAUAGGUUUCCACUUGC